UUCUAAUUAUUUACAUAAUUGCCACUCUUCUUAGAUUAGAAACCCCUUUGAUCGAUUUGUAGGUGUACAGGCGAGCCAGCAGAAGAAUUCUUCUCUUGAUUUUCUCUACGCAAACAGAGCUUAUGCACUAGAUACAUUUCUCAAUUCUCAACAAAUCAUCAGUCCCUUCUCGUUUUCUUGCUAAGGGGAAAUGGCGUCACCAUCAGAAUCAUGGAUGCAAGAAUUCAAUGAAGCAUCUAAACUUGGUGAUGAAAUCAGUGCUAUGAUUUCUGGGAAGAACUCUUUGCCUCAAUCAGGACCAGAAACACAACGGCAAUUCUCUGCGGCUCGGAGAAAGGCCACUAUUUUGAGGACCAAACUUGAUAUCUUGCAGUCCCUUUUGUCAGCACUUCCUAGCAAACAGCCAUUAUCAGGGAAAGAGAUGAAUCGGCGUCAAGAAAUGCUGAAAAAUUUGAGUACAAAAGUUAACCAGAUGGCUAGUGCUCUCAAUAUGUUCAGUGCUGCUAACAGAGAGAACUUGCUUGGGCCUGAUAGCAAGACAGAUGAUGUUAUUAAUAGAGCAUCUGGCUUCGACAACCAGGGUCUUGUUGGUUUUCAAAGGCAAAUCAUGAGAGAACAAGAUGAAGGCCUAGAAAAAUUAGAGGAGACGGUGAUAAGUACAAAACACAUUGCGUUGGCAGUCAAUGAGGAACUUACCUUGCACACUAGGCUUCUGGACGACUUAGACGAACAUGUGGAUGUAACAAAUUCCCGUUUACAGAGGGUUCAAAAGAAUCUGGCUAUCCUGAACAAACGCACCAAAGGUGGCUGUGCUUGCUGGGUCUUUCUGGUCAUUGCAAUUGUGAUUCUAAUUGUUGUCGUGUGGCUUUUGAUUAAAUAUUUGUAAUGUUAAGGAUAGUAAGCUCAACGUUCUGAUUUUGUUUUGGCCUUGUGUGCAAUUGCUUGGCAGAAACAGACAAUGUUUGUUAUUGGUCUUGUGGUUAUGAUUUAAGUGUGUGCUUAACUCAUGUAUGGAGAGGUAUCGGUGACUGUCAACUGGGAUGAUAAAUGGAUCGUAAUGGAUGUGUUUUUUUGAGCAA